AGCAGUUUCAAUUCCGCAACACCACGGCCCGCCCGAGUUUCCCUCGCAUCCUCCCUCGACUGCGUGGAGCCAGGCAUCAAGGGUAGAAAAGCAAACGAGCAGCCAGGCAAACUUCUACCUUAACCACAUACACGCCAUGAGUCCCUCUGUCGCACAAAAGACAGCCGCAUACACAAGCGCAAGCGCCAUUGAAGACGAGCACCACUACGCAGCCAACAACUAUCACCCGCUGCCCGUCGUUCUCUCUCGUGGCGAAGGACCUCUUGUUUAUGAUCCAGAGGGUAACGAGUAUCUCGACUUUUUGUCUGCCUACAGUGCAGUCAACCAGGGCCACUGCCACCCAAAGAUCAUUGAUGCGCUCACAACCCAAGCAUCGCGUCUGACACUCUCGUCCCGCGCAUUCUACAACGACAUCUUCCCGCAGUUUGCCAAGUAUGUCACAGAGUUCUUUGGCUAUGAGUCUGUGCUGCCCAUGAAUACGGGCGCAGAGGCAGUCGAGACAGCCAUCAAGAUGGCAAGGCGCUGGGGCUACAUGAAGAAGGGCAUUGCGCCAGAUCAGGCUAUUGUCUUGUCCUGCGCCAACAAUUUUCACGGUCGUACAAUGGGUAUUGUUAGUAUGAGCACAGAUCCCGACUGCAAGACAAACUUUGGCCCAUUCCUGCCGAGUGUUGGACCAGCGUGCCCGGCGAGCAAGUCGGUCAUUCGUUACGGAAACAUUGAAGAUCUUGAGCUUGCAUUCAAGACCCAUGGCGAACGCAUUGCUGGGUUCUUGGUUGAGCCUAUCCAGGGCGAAGCAGGUGUCGUGGUACCUCCUGCAGACUAUCUUCCAAGAGUCAGGGAGCUUUGCACGCAAUACAACAUUCUGUUCAUUGCAGAUGAGAUUCAAACAGGCAUUGCAAGAACGGGCAAGAUGUUGUGUGUUGAGCAUUCCAACGUGAAGCCUGAUGCAGUGCUUCUUGGCAAGGCCAUCUCUGGUGGAGUCUACCCAGUCUCUGUCGUGCUUUCAUCCACGGAGAUCAUGUCUUGCUUCGAGCCUGGUAGCCAUGGUUCAACCUACGGAGGCAAUCCGCUCGGCUCAGCAGUUGCCAUGGCAGCCUUGGAGGUGGUCAGGGAGGAAGGUAUGGUGGAGCAGGCAGAGAGGCUAGGACAAGCCUUCCGCAAGGGUAUUGAAGACCUCAAGUCGCCACUCGUGGAACUUGUCCGUGGCAAGGGACUGCUUAAUGCCAUUGUCAUCGACGAGUCCAAAACGAAUGGCAAGACUGCAUGGGAUCUAUGUCUGCUACUCAAGUCUAGGGGACUCCUGGCCAAGCCGACACACGGCAACAUUGUUCGGCUCUCGCCGCCUUUGUGCAUUUCAGAUGCGCAGCUCGAGCAAGGCAUAGCCCUCAUCGGCCAGGCACUCGCAGACUUGCCUGGUACGGACAUUGAGAAACUGCCGAUCAAGGAUGCUGCAUCAGAGGCUCACAAGUCCUUGCCUGUUGAGAACUAGCCCUUUCCAGGCCAUGAAGGCCAUGAUUAGUCGGCCCAAGCAGCGUACGUGUAGCUUCCCGUAAAAUCUGAACUCGACCCCGCGAUUUGCU